AUGGCACUUACCAUUGUUAUCCUCCGGCUGGCCGUCUGCAUCCUGGCAUUUCCCAUGUACCUGCUGGACUUUCUGGACUUGUGGAACUGGAUAGGCAAACAGUGGUUCCCCUACUUCCUGGCAAGGUUCACUGUGACGUACAACAAACAGAUGGCAAGCAAGAAGCAGGAGCUCUUCAGCAACCUGUGGGAGUUCACAGGCCCCUCUGGGAAACUCUCCCUGUUGGAGCUGGGCUGUGGCACCAGGGCCAACUUCAAGUUCUACCCCUCUAGAUGCCAGGUGACUUGUGUUGAUCCCAACCCCAGCUUUGAGAAGUUCUUGAUCAAAAGCAUUGCCCAGAACCCACACCUGCAGUUUGAGUGCUUCAUAGUGGCUGCCGGGGAGAACAUGCACCAGGUGGCCACAGGCUCCAUGGAUGUGGUGGUCUGCACCCUGGUGCUCUGCUCGGUGAAGAACCAGGAGCAGAUCCUCCAGGAAGUGUGCCGAGUGCUAAGGCCGAUGAGUAUGGACUGA